CAUUAGGUAAAUAAAAAUUUCAUAAUUAUCUAAAGUAAGCAAUAGAGUCUGCGCAAUUCAAAUCAAUUGAAUUUUUUUCAACGCAAACAUUUCUCUCGCAAAAUGUCAUCGGAGAAAGAUCUAAAUACUUUUAAAAUUUUGAAAAAUGUUGCAUGGCCAAUGGGAAUUUGGCCAUUGAGUGAUAAUUAUUUUUCGCUAUUUCGAACUCUCGUUCUCAUUGCCAUACAGAUCAGUUUAGUAGCUUGUGUAACAAUAGAAAUAACUCUUGGAUGCUGUAAUCCGGAGGAGGUGAUUGAUUUUAUUGAAUUGCAAAAAUUUGGAACAAUAGCAGCUUUAAAAGUGAUAUUGGUUCGUUAUUAUCGUGAUAAUAUAGCGCGAAUAAUCACUACAAUGAAUGACGAUUGGUUUGUCACAAGGAAAGAAGAAUUAAUUAAAAUCAUGAGAUCCUAUGCUCGUACUGGAAAUAUUGUUUUUUAUGCACAAGGAAUAUCAACAUCGACUGUUAUUUUUUUUCAAGUUGUUGGUAAUUUGCCAUUUUUUACUCCCGGUGUAAAAUUAAAUACAACAAAUGGCACAGAGGAAAUUAUAUUCGAAAGAAUGCUACCACAAAGAACAAAGUGUCUCUUUAUGAAUGUCUCAUCAACUUCUUAUGCUUUAGUUUAUUUUUUACAGAGCAUUCAAUUAAUUUGCACUGGUCUUGGAAAUGUGGGAACGGACAUUUUUUUCUUUAGUUUAGCAAUGCAUGUGUCGGGACAAUUGGAAAUUUUGAAACAAGAACUUGCUGAAUUCCAGGGAUUAAAUAAUUUAAAUGAGGAUAAAUUGCGAAUUGUUACAUUAAGCAAAAGACAUCAGAAAUUAUUGGAUGAUGUUCAAAGCCUCGAAAGGACAUUUAAUUUAAUUAUUUUGGUUCAACUUGCUAUUAAUAUUACUGGAAUUUCCCUAUUUGGAAUACAAUUAAUUGUCAAUUUACGAAAAUAUGGUAUUUUAGCAGCAAUAAAACCACUAACUGCAAUUGAUGUUCUAAUGGUUCAAUUAGGUUUGUAUUGUUAUGCUGGUGAAGUGUUAUCAACGAAAGUAAAAAUGAUUACACUUGGAGCAUAUCAAAGUUGUUGGUACGAAUUAAAGAAAAAUUUGGCGAAAAAUAUUUAUUUUAUAAUGAUAAGGGCUGAACAACCAUUUCGUUUAACAGCUGGAAAACUUGUGGGUAUGAAUAUGGACACAUUUACCAAUAUUAUUAAAGUUUCAGUUACGUAUUUUUCGGUUCUCAGACUAAUGUUGGAUACAUAGUGUAUUUAAAAAUAAUCGAAAAACUUAUAUUUUUAAAU